CAAGAUGGCGGCCCAUCACCGGCAGAACACGGCAGGGCGGAGGAAAGUGCAGGUCUCCUAUGUUAUUCGAGAUGAAGUGGAGAAGUACAAUCGAAAUGGAGUCAAUGCCCUGCAGCUGGAUCCAGCACUAAAUAGACUCUUCACAGCCGGUCGAGACUCCAUCAUAAGAAUAUGGAGUGUAAAUCAGCACAAGCAAGAUCCAUACAUAGCAUCUAUGGAACACCACACCGAUUGGGUAAACGACAUCGUACUCUGUUGUAAUGGGAAAACAUUAAUAUCUGCUUCUUCUGAUACGACAGUCAAAGUAUGGAAUGCGCAUAAGGGAUUUUGCAUGUCAACAUUAAGGACACAUAAGGAUUAUGUAAAAGCCUUAGCAUAUGCCAAGGAUAAAGAACUGGUAGCAUCGGCUGGGUUGGACAGACAGAUAUUCCUAUGGGAUGUGAAUACUCUAACAGCAUUGACUGCCUCAAAUAACACUGUCACAACUUCUUCUUUAAGUGGGAACAAAGAUUCCAUUUAUAGCCUGGCAAUGAAUCAACUGGGAACAAUCAUUGUAUCAGGGUCCACUGAGAAGGUUUUAAGAGUUUGGGAUCCAAGAACAUGUGCAAAACUAAUGAAGCUUAAAGGGCACACAGAUAAUGUAAAAGCGUUGCUGUUGAACAGAGAUGGCACACAGUGCCUUUCCGGCAGUUCUGAUGGGACUAUUCGCCUUUGGUCCCUUGGCCAGCAGAGAUGUAUAGCAACGUACCGAGUUCAUGAUGAAGGUGUAUGGGCUCUGCAAGUCAGUGAUACCUUCACACACGUGUAUUCUGGAGGAAGAGACAGGAAGAUUUACUGUACAGACCUAAGAAACCCUGACAUUCGGGUACUAAUUUGUGAAGAAAAGGCACCGGUUCUCAAGAUGGAGCUUGAUAGAUCAGCUGACCCCCCUCCUGCAAUCUGGGUUGCAACAACUAAGUCUACAGUAAAUAAAUGGACAUUGAAGGGAAUUCAUAAUUUUAGAGCCUCUGGAGAUUAUGACAAUGACUGCACAAAUCCUAUAACACCUCUUUGUACCCAACCUGACCAGGUUAUUAAAGGAGGUGCUAGUAUUAUUCAGUGCCACAUUCUUAAUGAUAAGAGACAUAUAUUAACCAAAGAUACCAAUAAUAAUGUGGCAUAUUGGGAUGUAUUGAAGGCAUGUAAAGUUGAAGAUCUGGGCAAAGUGGAUUUUGAAGAUGAAAUUAAGAAAAGAUUUAAAAUGGUGUAUGUGCCAAAUUGGUUUUCAGUAGACUUAAAAACAGGGAUGUUGACUAUUACUUUGGAUGAGAGUGACUGUUUUGCUGCUUGGGUUUCUGCAAAAGAUGCUGGCUUCAGCAGCCCUGACGGGUCAGAUCCAAAAUUGAACUUAGGAGGACUUUUACUUCAGGCACUCCUAGAAUAUUGGCCUAGAACACAUGUGAAUCCAAUGGAUGAAGAAGAAAAUGAAGUAAACCAUGUAAAUGGGGAGCAAGAGAACCGAGUGCAGAAGGGAAAUGGGUAUUUUCAAGUGCCCCCACACACACCCGUGAUCUUUGGUGAAGCUGGAGGCCGCACACUGUUCAGGCUGCUCUGCCGAGAUUCCGGGGGUGAGACUGAGUCCAUGCUUCUUAAUGAGACGGUACCACAAUGGGUAAUUGACAUCACUGUGGAUAAAAAUAUGCCCAAAUUCAACAAAAUUCCUUUCUACCUCCAACCUCAUGCAUCUUCGGGAGCAAAAACCUUAAAAAAAGAUAGACUCUCUGCUAGUGACAUGCUCCAGGUCCGGAAAGUAAUGGAACAUGUUUAUGAGAAAAUCAUCAACUUGGAUAAUGAGUCUCAAACCACUAGCUCUUCUAAUAAUGAAAAACCAGGAGAACAGGAAAAAGAAGAGGAUAUUGCUGUGUUGGCAGAGGAGAAAAUUGAACUUUUGUGCCAGGACCAGGUUUUAGAUCCAAAUAUGGACCUUCGAACCGUGAAGCACUUCAUAUGGAAGAGUGGUGGUGACCUCACCCUCCAUUACCGGCAGAAGUCAACGUGAAGGGUGGGCCAGUGCUCCUGGGUAUUCAUUUACUGACCUUCCUCUGUGGCCCCAAGAGUAGUCCUAGGAAGCCCAUUGAGCCCCCAUGGGAGCAAGACUUCUAAUGGCCGAUUUGGUAUGGACCAGGAUUAUCUUUCAAUUGAAGUGACUAAUUGAGAUGUAAUAUAGAAACCAGUCUCCAUGUGUAGAUUAAGCUGUCCCCAGGGAGGCAGAAUAUGACAGCAGAGGACCUCUUCAAGUAGACUUGUCUUGUGAGAUAUACAGAGAACCGAUGACAGGCCAGUGCAGACUUUGCUUCCUCCUUUUGUUUUCAAAGGACCUUAUCUUUGUCUGUCAGCACAUGUUAAAGACACAUUGGUCGGGCCACAUCUGUCACUGUGUUUCAAAUAUAGUUCCAGCCUACACGCUCUGUAGCUUUUCUAAGAGUACAUUCCAUUCAUGCAGUACCUAUGAAGGCUUUUUCCAAUUUUGUCAUAAAAACAAAAAAAUCAAAUUGUUCUCACCAUUUAAAGACAGUUAUUUUAAUGGGAAUUUGCUGCUGCACAAUUCGAGAGCCAGCCCAUUUCAUAAUAAAUGAUAACAGUUGGGCUUGUUUUUAAUACUGCAUCUCAGAUGUGUUCUGUAGGAAGAGCUGUUGAAUUUCCAGGUGCUGGAUCACAGCAUGUUGACUGCCAGGCCGAGCCACGCCGAUGCCGCAGCCCACACAAUGCCCUGGGCUGUGCGGCAGCUGCAGGGAAGCACAGCUGUCUCACUCCUUCUGCACUGUGUCCAGCUUUAUUUAUGGGCAAAGCCAGCUGACGCCCCAGAUUCUUGCUCUGGGUGAGCAGCCUGACACUGUCAAAACUUAAGAACAUUCUGAAAUUUUAAUUUCAUUGGAAUGCUACCUAAAAUUUAUGGUGUCAGAGUAAAGAGGUAUCAUAGUGACUUGAUUUGAUAUUCAUAUCCUGGAAGUAUACAUAUUUGUUUUUCCAAAGUUUUAUAUGCAGGUUUUUGUUGUACCUGUAUCCAGAUCUUCUUUUCACUGUUCUUUCUAACAAUUUAAAGCUUUCAUAGAGUCAUUUGGAUCUUGUACAGAAUAUAACUUAUUGGGGAUAAACACUUUAACUUUUGGCAGAAAAAAUACUUUGGAUUCUCCCCAAGGUCAUUUGUAUUUGGAAUAGAUCAAUGGUUCACCCCGUAAAACCACAUAAGAUAAGCCGCCUAUACAAAGCCAGAAGCACAAGUGCCUUCACAGGGCAGUUUUUUCCAGUCCAGUUGCCUCCCCAGCUUGUGUGCGGCCUGUCCCCACAACGGCAGGGCUAGGGAGGGGGCCGGGGAAGGUUCUUCCUUUUCUACAUCACCACAGGUUCAGCUGAGGGCAGCUGAUGGGCCUGGGUCCAGAUGAUCCUAUUUAAGACAUUCUGAUCCGCACAGCUGCAGAGACAGGGUUCCCUCACUGCUGGUCAGCUUUCUGUAGGAAGUAGGCAGGUCAUGGCCUCCUGCACUUUGAAGAAGUGAGCAAAGACAUGGCCACGUUUCCAGUGAGAUGAAAUGGUCUUUCUCCCUUCUGCAGAGAGUAACUUGGCUUCUUUUUUUAAAAGUCCUUUCUAUGUAUCUGUUGGAUACAACAGUGCACUUUUGGCGCACAUUUUUUAGCAAUAGUUAUGAAUUAAUGGCAGAAAAACCAACCCCACAGAUAUCGUAACUCAUUUACCAGCUCUCCAUUGUUUGCACAAGGGGCCCUUGAGGUAGAGGAGUGGGUUCUGCUGGGUGAUUGUGCCCUCUGUGCCGAACCUUGAGGGGCAGCCAGGCUCCCUUCCCAUCAUCGAACUGACCCCAGCAUGGUUUUUUUUUUCUUUCCCAGUCAAACCAAUAAUGCAAUUUCCAGAAAAUCUGUCAGUCUGCAAUGCCAAAAGGGUAAAAAUAUGUAUUUCACAGUUGUAUAGAAUAAAGGCUUUAGUUAAAAUA